UUGCGAGCACUUCACAACUCAUAGCAUCAAGCUUUGUGGGACCAGCUUGAGCGACUUUAGUGGCGACACCGUGAAGUAGCUACUGUUGUAUUAUUGAGGAGGGGAGAUCCCUACUCAGACAGCCGUUAAUUUGUUUGUUUUCUAGUUUGCUUUGACCACUCAAAUUUACUUCGAGCAAUUCUGUUUUACGGUAAAUGACGAUCAACAACAGGGAGUAACUACUGUAGCAAGCUAGCUUUGGGUUUGUGGGUUGGUUGUCAGCGAGAGGUUUACGCGUUGGUUUGUUCGAUCACAGUGGAAGAGAACCGAACGUGAACGUAAUAACAGACGACAUUUUUGUAGAUGUGAGGAAACGUGUGAACAAUCAAAAGGUUUCUCAGGGGUUGGUUGUGGUGGAAUUAGAUAACUACCUUUGUUCUCUAAAAAGGUCUAGAUAGGUUUUUGUUUAUACAGAUCGUCGCGGACUAUGGCUCAUGGACAUCAUGUAGCCAGUUCCCAAAAAGCACUCAUGUUAGAGAUGAAAAGUCUUCAAGAUGAGCCAGUUGAAGGGUUCAGGAUAACUUUAGUGGACGAGUCGGACUUGUACAACUGGGAAGUUGCAAUAUUUGGACCCCCAAAUACUCACUACGAGGGAGGUUAUUUUAAGGCUCAGAUCAAGUUCCCCAUCGACUAUCCCUACUCUCCUCCGGCCUUCCGCUUCCUCACCAAGAUGUGGCACCCCAACAUCUACGAGAACGGGGACGUGUGUAUCUCCAUCCUGCACCCCCCAGUGGACGACCCCCAGAGCGGAGAGCUGCCCUCUGAGAGAUGGAACCCGACACAGAAUGUCAGGACGAUCCUUCUGAGUGUCAUCUCUCUGCUCAACGAGCCUAACACAUCCUCCCCGGCCAAUGUGGACGCCUCCGUCAUGUACCGCAAGUGGAGGGACAGCAAGGGCAAGGACAGAGAGUUCACAGAGAUUAUCAGGAAACAGGUCCACGCCACCAAAGCGGAUGCUGAGCGGGACGGUGUGAAGGUGCCAACCACCCUGGCAGAGUACUGCGUCCGGACUCGUGCCCCACCCCCAGACGAGGGCUCCAACCUCUUCUACGAUGAUUACUAUGACGAUGAGGACUUGGAGGACGAAGACGAGGAAGAUGGCGAGGACUGCUGCUACGAUGAAGAUGACUCGGGAACCGAGGAUUCCUGACGACCCGCCUCCCCAUCCCUUCCUCACCCCCCUGUCACCACACCCCCCUUAAACUGAACUCAUACUCCACCCUUCGUGUAUACACCCUUACAGAUCCCCCCACAGCAGUGCAGCCACACCUGCACGUUAAACUCAGAUGCAUUUAAAAGCUACGGAGUUAGUUUGUCCAUUUGUUUCUGGUGUUUUUAUUUUUCUGUUGGUCAGUGGAGUGUUAGAGAGAUAAUGUUAGACCUACAUAUUAUUCACAUGGUUUGCUCUUCAUGGCGAAGCCACUCAAUUCUCAAUUACCACUUGCUUUUGAAUGUUCUGUCUCCCGUAGAGUGUCUGUACCCAGACAGAGGCAGGCAGACCUGAGCUAGUGAUGGUCAUCUUAGCUGUGUGACCUCUCACCUGGUUGACAGCCGUGUGAAGCCAGCCUUCCUGGCACACAAGGCUAGCUGAGGCUAGGGGACCCUGACAUUUCACCUGUCUGCCUCAGGUCAACUUAGCUCAAAAGCCAAGUCUUACUGAAUGAAUUGAUGGCCUGUAAUGAUGAGAUGGGUGUAUUGCAGAUGGUUGCUGUUAUAAUACUGAUGUACUCUUUCGGAGACCUUUGCACCCUUUCAUACACAUUUGUUACGGUAUGUUAAGUGGCAAUGGUCUGAGCUCGGCGUCUUUACCCAUGGCCUGAACAACCGAGUUAAACACACAGCUCCUAACGCUUAUCACCACCACAUGCUUUUUCACAAGUCCAACACCUUCCACACCAGCCACCUCAACUGCUCAUUUAAAGAUGGGAGUGAGGGAUAGUGUCUCAAUGUGUGUCUAUAUGGGUGUUUUGGUGGUUGUUCAUUAUUUUAUUCAAAUGUAGUGCAGGGAAUGCUUUGCAGAGAGAAGUGAGUUAGACACCUCCCCCUGGCAAGUCUGUGCAACAGUGAUGGCCUCGCACAGCAGCCAUCUUGAAUUGGCUGAUUUGUUUAGAUUACAUCCUCAGUCAGUCACUUCCCCAAACAUUUCACAUGACUAGAAGUGCUCGUAAAACGAGUAGCUCCAUCACACAGGAUUUUACACACGGACUAAAUACAAACUAUUGAACAUUAUUCACACCACCCCACAUUUCUGUUUCAGUAGUGUGUAAAUGUUCAUUCAUUGUUACAACAUGACUAUUUGAUGCUAAGUUUUAGAGAUGGAAAGUGCAUUUCCCAGCUGAUGCUAGGGAUGUGGAUAGGGAGGUCAGUAGUAUAUUUUAGGGACAGGUCAAACAGCCAACCCACUAGCAUGUUGGGUGGUAUCAGGCUCGGCAUAGUGCAGUUGGGAAAAACUGUGAUGAUUGAGAAUGGGCCGAGGGCUCCCCUUUUGGUUCUUUUGAUGUAGUCUUUUACUUCAGACUUAAGGUGUUAGCAACUAUUUUUUUCCCCUUACAUGUACCAAGUGCAAUGAUUCUCAGCCUUUUUGUUUUAAACAUCAUGUCAUGGGGGUUAUUCAUUGGACUUAUCAGUACAUUUACCACCCGUUUGUUUUCGAUACAGAAACAGUCAGGUAUUCUAUGUUUUCCAAUAGAGAAAAACAGGUGAUUACUGAACACUCAUACUUUUUAUGUUGUGUUAACAUCUUGAGUAUGAAGCAUGUACACAUCAAUCCAAUCAUCAUGAAUUCAUAGAACUGUUUUACAUUCACCAUAUACAGAUGUUAUGUGAAUUAACGCCCAUUUUGUUUUACUGUAAUGUUUGGGGCAAUUGGAAUUUUGUGAAGCUGCUGAUUUUUAUCAUGUAAUUUCCCUCCCAAUGUCCUACCUUCCCAUCUAUAGACAUUUUUUUUGGUGGCAGCAUCAGCAAGGGACCCCCGGCUGUUACCAAAAUUCCUCAGGAAAACAAAACCACCAACUUUUUCAGAGUGAAUCUGACCACUGUGUGUGUGGACAACUGUUCUCCUCAACGCUGGUCCCCCAAACCUAUCACCUCUGCUUCAAAGACUGUUUAUAAUCUUUACCUUGAUAUUAAUAUGCACAUGUGGAGAUUUCAACGAUAAUUUGAUGUAUUUUUGUUCUUGUUUGUAUUUUCUUUUCUAAUGUUUUGUACAUCUAUUUAAAACCUAAAUAAAGAUUGUUAUUAGA